AUGGGCCCGAAUGCUGGCAACGGCGUGGGAGGAGGCCUGGAGAUGGGGCCCAUGAUGCAGGGCAACGGCUCCAACAUCCCCCAGGCCACCGAGUACACCCUGCAGGGCGUCAUGCGCUUCCUGCAGACUGAGUGGCAUCGACAUGAGCGCGACAGGAACUCCUGGGAGAUUGAGAAGCAGGAGAUGAAGGGCCGCAUCGCCAAUCUGGAGGGACAGGCGCGGAGGGCCGAUGCCACCCAGCGUGUCCUUAGGAAGUACGUCACCAUGCUGGAGCGCAAGGUCAAGGAGCAGGCUGCCCAGAUCAAGGGGCAGCCCGCUGUUGACGCUGCCACCGCCGCAAAGAAUGAUCGUGCCGCCAAGAUACAGGAGAAGCUCAGAUCUUCCCUGGAGAGUAUGCCCGUUCCUGGUGUGGACGGUGUCGACUACGAAAAGAUCGACCGAAGUGACGAGGACGCUCAGCGACAGGAUCUCAAGUCCUUCCUCGAUCAGUGCCAGUCCGAAUUUAUGUAUCUGAUGAUUACUCCCGCGAACCCGCAGCCACCACGAGAGUCUCCCCCGCUACCUAUUAUGGAGGAUCUGAGAGAAGUCGAGGCAUACGGAAUGCCAGCUCCUCAGCCUAUGGAGCGACAGUUUCAGUUGCCGACGAGAGCUGCCCAGAACCAUGUCCAGGAGAUGAACUCGAGAAUACCUCAGCAGAACCAUGCGCCCCCUAUGCAGCCACCGCAGUCACACUUUUCUCAAAAGCAAGAGAUGCCGCCACAGCCCAUGAUGCAGGCGCCUGCAGAACAUCAAUCCGGCAGAUAUCAGAACUCUAACGACUGGCCGACGCCUGUGUCUGUCAGUUCCAGACCUAUUGAAGAACACGUACCCCAAGCGAACCAUGCCGCAGAAGUUCUAGGCGGAAUGGAAGACCCCGCAGAGCUCAGAGAGAAGCACUCGGUUCCACCCGAGUCUGAUGGAUGGGAGUUCCCUGAGGGCACAUUCCCUGAACCUGGAAACUCUCAACCGAACCAGUCCCUACCGAACCGCCCAGAUACCGAUGCCUUUCCUACUGCAGAGAAUCUCCCUAAAUCCCCAGGCCGGCGGGACAGCUCUCACCGAAGGAAGGGGUCCAUGUCGAGAAGACGGAGCGCAGAUCACGAACUAGCCCUAGCAGCUCAGAAGGCUGAGAGCGGUAACUUCAAGCUAAGAUUCGGUCUCCGGGGUCAUCUCGAUACUGUCCGAACAGUCAUCUUCUCCGGAGGCGGUAGUCCAGGAGAGCCUGAGAUCUGUACUGGCGGAGACGACGGCAUGAUCAAGCGCUUCCAUAUCCCCAGGUUAGAUGGCCCGCACACAGCAUCAGACCUUGAUGUUACGGCCAACUUUACACACCGAGGCCACUCUGGAGCAGUUCUCUGUCUGACAUCAUGGUCCCCUUCACCAAACUUCUCGACUGGUGGUCGCGCACAAGGCGACGGCUGGAUAUUCUCCGGUGGCCAGGAUGCGACUAUCCGAGUUUGGGAGCGUGGAAGGGUUGACCCCAAGGCGACUCUCGAGGGACACACAGAUGCCGUCUGGGCUCUGUGUGUUCUUCCUACAACCCUUGGCUCAGUCUUUGGAAACUCGAGUCCCUACGGCAGCACCGAUAGAAUCCUUGUCGUAUCAGGCGGGGCAGAUGGCAGUGUCCGUCUGUGGUCUGUAAGUGCGCCGCCGCAGUUGAGCUCGCCACAGCCGGGAACGAACCGAGCCAUGACAGGCCGAGGAGGCCGAGUCCGUGGCAACUCGAUGAGCUCCGGCAGCGGCUUCUCCAACUCACCCCAACCCACGAUAGCUUCAAACUCGCCCUUCAACCAUACCCUUGUACAUAACAUCUCUAGGUCGGACGGCUCCACAGCCAGCCCGACAUGCAUUACACCCCUGGGCAGCUCCGGCGAAUCUUUCGUUGUUGCAUACUCGGAUGCUGCUAUUCUUGUCUACGACACUAGGACUGGUGAACAGAUCGGCCAUAUGGACAGCUUGGAGACAUACGACCAGACAAACAAGACCAGUGUCAACGCGGUUGUCGCGACGACAAUGGGACUGGACCAGGCCAGCCAGCACCACACCGGCAACAUGGGCGAGGAAGACUCGAGUGCCGGAGCCACUGGUGGCGGCCGAUCAAACGCAGGCUCAGGAGUGGAGGGAACCAUUAUUUCGGGUCACGAAGACCGCUUCAUCCGGUUCUUUGACGCCAACAGCGGCCAAUGUACAUAUAACAUGAUCGCCCACCCAGAUGCCAUCUCGAGCCUCUCGCUUAGCCCCGACGGACGCGAACUUGUCAGCGCUGGCCACGACGCCUCACUCCGGUUCUGGAGCCUCGAGAAGAGGACGUGCACACAAGAGGUGACGAGUCACCGAGUGAUGCGCGGCGAGGGCAUCUGCUCGUGCGUGUGGAGCCAAGACGGGAAGUGGGUGGUAAGCGCGGGCGGCGACGGUGUUGUCAAGGUAUUCGCGCGGUAG